AUGGGAGAGCCGAUUCAGAUGAAGCCGCUCCCUGGUCAAGGGUUCCUGUGUUUCCGAGGUUUGCUCCUAUCUCAUAUCUUGGAUGUGGAAGACACUAUCAAACGCCGCAAUCAAGUGGACCUGCAAGUGGCAGAACAACAGACCAUACAAGCCUACAAGCAACCUAAAGAAGAGCUCAAUGCCCCUAGUCUUGCUGGACCAUGUACAGAUGGCAGAGACAAUAUUGCUGUCAUAUCUGAAAGAUACGAGGUAACAUAG